GAGUCACGUGAUAUAAUAAACCGAAAACGCUUAGAGCCAAAACAUCGUCGACUUCCUUGGUGCAGAAAAAAAACUGUUUGUUCGGAUGGUUACUUCCAUGACCUGUAUGAAAACUCUCUAAAUGCAAGUUACAGGAAUGCUUCAGCCACGUCCGCUUUAUUUUGAGAGCUUUCAGCGCUCGACACAUCGGCGGUCUAGGCGAAAUCGUAAUCAACAUCGUCAUCGCCCUAAACCUGAAUACGAGAGAAAUAUCGUUUCCGCGUUCUUUGCGUUAGCUUCAGCGGUUCUGCUGGCGAUUGCCGAGGCUGAGCCAAAGUGGAUUAAAAUUAUUGGUGGCAAGUGCAAUGGCGACUACAUAGGCUUAUACAAGGUCAUUGCUUACAAAUCGUCGUCGGAUCUAGAGCAAUUUUGCUACAGUGGGAAGAUGGUAUUAAUCUUGCAAUUUGUGGUAUCCAUUUGUUGCAUUGGAAUUGUUGCAAGCAUGUUUGCAUGCCUCUUGGACUUGUGUGGAACUCUCAAUAAAAUACUGAGGUGGCUCAAAAAUAACUCUGUGGCCAACAUUUUGACAGCUGUGUUGUGUGUGGCUACAAAUGCAAUGGUUUACUGGGUGAGUCAUAUACUGGAAAACUCUGCUGUUGCCCAAAUCCCAGGAAACACGCCAUGGACUAAAAUCACUGUUAAAUUUGAAGUCAGCUUCUUUCUAGUGACUGCUGCGGGUGGUUCGUCCGUACUGGCUGCUGCAUUUGGGCUUCUGUACUGUAAGCAUCGACAGAGACAUGCAAGAACUCAGUCAGAAGAAGACUUGUUGUCCAUGGAGUUGAUGUACUCAAUGCAAGCAGCAGAUGGCUUGUCUGAGAUCCCACCUCCUGCGUAUGCACCUUAGCUAAAAACCUGUGGUACCUUUCAAGCCUUCCCUAAUGAAAUGCUACAGUUGUUAAAUAGGCUAAAGUUUACUUUGCAUUCAAUUACACAGGCAACACAAGUGUGCCAAUUUUUGGUUAGUAUCAAAGUUUAUCAGUCCAGAUACAGUACUGUAUGUUGUUAGCUGAUGCACAGAGUUACAAUUUUUGGCACAAUACUGUUGAACCCCACUAUGCUUGUUGAUAAAAACACAGUUGAGAUUCAAUAGGUGCCAUUAUUAAAGGUUUCCUUGAAAGCAAGCUUGGAUAAUUUUCUACUUAUCGGGUAGAUUAACAAUAACCAUGUCAAAGAGCUCAGCUUGAGUAAGCACAGCCCUUAUAGGGUUACAGUACAUACCGUCAUUCAUCAAUAGAUCAUGUUGUAAUCCACUUUUUUUAUUCUAAUCAGUAAAGAGUUUUGAGAAAUGUUGAAAGAAAUAUAGUAAGCAUGUAAGAGAUAGUAUUGUAUAUAAAAUCAGAUUAAGGUUUAACUGUUACUAAAUAGUUGAAGUAGUAAUUCACUGUUUUUUAAGGUACAUAAUAUGAAACAGCUCUAAAAACAGCUUAAAAUAUAAUGUAAAAGGAUAUGAACAUUGUUUCAUGGCCUGACGUGUUAACCAUUACACUAUCACAAUGAUACAACCAACCAAUGGGCUGGAAAGAGUUUGUGGGACUUCCCUCACUAAAUUUCUAGGCUGUACCUGUAAUGGAAAGUUUAUGCAAAGGCAAGAGUUCAAUACCGACAUCCAAUACCGACAAUACCAACAAUACCGACAUCCUUUCCUUAGUGUAGUAUUGGUUGGUUAAACUUUCUUAGGAUGCUACCUAGAAAUUGUCUGUGUACAAAAAAAAACAUGUAAAUUGAAAAUAAUACUGACAUUUCAAAUAAAAAUACAGUACAUUCUCUUGCUGUCCAGUUGGAUAAAAUGGAAAAUGUAUUGUAUACCCCUGACCUUCAAAUUUAUUUAUAUCUUUUAAUUUGGAUAUGAACAUAAUGUGGUCAUGGUUAUGUGUUUUAUACACAAGGUAUGGAUUCGUGAUGAUAUCUCCCACCCUCUGUUUUUUUUUAUCAACUGUUUAUCAACAAGUUUAUCACAUUGCAAGCAUUAAAAAUAUGUGAAACUC